AUGCCUUACUACAUGUCGCUCACAUGGGCGGAAUGCGCACGUGUGCUAGGAAGACCUGACGAGGCCAUAAAGCGCGAUGACACCGAGAUUUGCGACAUCAAUCCCCAAAGGCUGUGGCGGGAUUACGAGCUCGAUCAGGUGCGCCAACACCUCGAUCUGGUGCUCGAUAACAUCCAGGAAACGAGCCUCAUCUGCGUCAAGCUUGAUGCCCAUGCCGUCUCGGAGCUCCGCGGCGCCCAACGCCAGGCAUACGACCACGCCGCCACUGAUGCGGUGUGGGUCCUGUCUGACUUUGAGCGCGAGGUGGGCAACAUCCGGGCUGACAUCGAGGAGGGCCUGUCUGUCCAGGACAGCCAGGCGGAGAAGAAGCUGAUUGAUCUAGUGUCCUCGUCCCUGCGGCGAACCAACAUGGUGAGAUCGUCGGUCAACAUGGUAGGCAACUUUGUCGAUGCCGCUGUGCGCAUAAUGAACCUCAUCGCCCACGCGGAUGGAAAGGUGAAGGAGGUCUUGACGGAGGAUUUCGUAUGUAUGGUGGCUAGAAUCAAGGGUUGCCUGGAUUCAACGCCCUCAUGGGAGCUUUCAGGGUUAUUGUAA